GCGCUUGAAAAAUAAAACAAGAGAACUGUGAAUUCAUAACCUAAAUAAAUCUUAUCUAUAAAUACGGGACUUCACCAUCACAAGUUUCCUCAAUUAAUCGAAGUUCUAAAGUGCAUUAUCAGUUUCUUUCCUUUACUUUUAGUUUGUUUAAAAUGAAAACCAUCGUGGGUAAAGUGGUCGUUCUGGGGCAUCAAGGUGUAGGGAAAACCAGUACAGUAAUCCGGUAUGUUGAAAAUUCCUUCACGCACCACAUCACUCCAACCGUAGGGGCUUCCUUCUUCAGUUGUAAGAUCCUCAUCGAUGACAUCACCGUCAAAUUACAAAUAUGGGACACAGCCGGUCAAGAACGCUUCAAAGCCAUGGCCCCCAUGUUUUACCGCAAUGCGAACGCCGCCUUAAUCGUUUUUGACAUCACUUCACAGCAGAGUUUUGAAAGUAUGCAGGGGUGGGUUGUUGAAUUACAAAGGAAUGUUGAGAGUCCCAUGGUUUUGUGUGUGGUAGGAAACAAAAUUGAUUUAUCAAAAAACAGAGAAGUCACUAGAGAUGAAGCCAUUCAAUAUGCCAGAAGUAUAGGCGCUUCAUAUCAUGAAUGUUCAGCAAUGCAGGAUCAGGGAGUUGGAGUCGUUUUUGAUGAUGUAGCUCGUGGUUUGAUAAGACUGUUUGGGAACACAACUGAUCACAAUUUAAAAGUGUACGACAGUGAAAACAUUGACAACAUAAUGGCGAGUUCUAGUGAGUUGGAAGCAACCGAUACAGGGAAAGAGGAGACUGUAAAUUUGAGUAUAAGGAGCAUAGCGCAUGGCAAUACUGUUAAACCAAAAUGUUGUUGAUUUUUUGUUUUUAUUGUAUUGAUUAUAAAACUGCCAUAUCUGUAAUUCAGGCACAACUAUUAAUUGUGAUCAAUUAGUACUAGUUUUGUAUAUGCAGACCUUACAAGAAUAAUAUUUAUGGUAUUAUCAGAUUAAUUUGAGCUGUAGUUAAGCAUCAUUGAGGAGGUAAAUUAUUUCUAAGAUAUGUGAUAUAAUGAGCAAAUGAUGAGUAACAAUUUUACGUAAUUAAAUACACGGAAAAAUGUUUUAUAGACUGAAAUUUUAUCGUCGUUUACAACUUUAUUAAUUACUGUUGUCAGUAUUAAUCCAAUGUGAAAGGUGUGAAUGACAUUUUACAAGAACUGAAGUGAGCUCACUUUACAGCAAGAAGUUCACUAUAAUUUAUGUAAUUUAAAAGUAACGAAUUAUUUCACGCUUUUAAUAUUUUUUGUAUAAUACUAUGUUACUUUAUUUUAAUAAAAUUGUAGAAAAGUA